UCUGUGCCAGCCAGGCCCAGAGCAGGUGGAGUGGAGCCCAGCGCCUUCAGCACCGCACCCUGAGUUCUCGCUGGGUCCUGCGUCGAGUUGCUCAGAGCAAACCGGUUAUCACCAUGGCAUUCGCUAGCUGGUGGUACAAGACGCAUGUCUAUGAAAAAGACAGUGGAUCGCCUUCCAGGUCAGGAGAAAAGAAAGGAGCAGAUGAGAAAAAAGCCACAAGCCAUGAGAGCAGUCAGCCCUCCAGAACCCAUGCUGGUGGAAGAGCCCCGGCCACCACGGUGUCUACUCCCUCUGCAUCAACCAGCAAGUCUUCCAGUAUGAACACCACAGAAAACAAGGCCAUUCCAGUCAGCAAACAGACGGAAGGAACACCUCCUCCUCACAAGAAAAGACACAAAAAACAGGCUGUAAAAUCGGAACCUGAAAAGAAGUCACAAUCAACUGAAGUAAGUGUUCCACCUCUGCUUAUUGAUGGAAAAAUACUAGAAAAGAAGCCAAAGGAACAACACGAGCCAGAAAAUCUAUCCAAAAGCACAUCACAUACAGCAAGCAAGCAUGGUCAUAAAGAAAAAGCAGUUUCCAGGCCAAGUGAGCAGCCAACGUCAGAGAAACCAAGCAAACCAAAGACUAAAUCUCAGGACACAGGUGGAAGGAGUGCUGCUGCUGCUGCUGGUGUGGUUGUGGCCUCUGGCAAGUCAGACGACAAGAAAAAAGAAAGUAAAUCAUUAAUGUCGGCUGUACCAGUUGAGUCCAAACCGGGUAAACCAUCUGGAAAGUCAGGCAUGGAUGCUGCUCUGGAUGACUUAGUAGACACUUUGGGAGAACCUGAAGAAACGGAACAAGAUAACACAACAUAUACUGGACCUGAAGUUUCAGAUCCCAUGACUUCUAUCUACAUAGAAGAAUUGGGUAAAAGAGAAGGCUCAAUUCCUCCAAAGUACAGGGAACUUUUGGAUAAAAAAGAAGGGAUCACAAGGCCUCCUCCAGACUCUCCGACACCCCCGGGGCCCGAUGACGCCAUCGAUGCCUUGUCAUCUGACUUCACCUGCAGCUCUCCUACCACUGCUGGGAAGGAAACUGAGAAAGAGAAAUCUGCGGGAGAAGUUUUAAAAGCUCAGUCAGCCGGAGUAAUCAGAAGUGCUGCUCCGCCCCAUGAGAAAAAAAGAAAGGUGGAGAAGGACGCAAUGAGCGACCAGGCACUGGAGGCUCUUUCGGCUUCGCUGGGCCACCGGAAGUCGGAACCCGAGCUCGACCUCAGCUCCAUUAAGGAAGUCGAUGAGGCAAAAUCCAAAGAAGAGAAACGAGAAAAGUGUGGUGAAGAUGACGAAACAGUCCCAGAGGAGUACAGAUUGAAACCAGCCACGGAUAAAGAUGGAAAACCACUAUUGCCAGAGCCUGAAGAAAAAUCCAAGCCCCGGAGUGAAUCAGAACUCAUUGAUGAGCUUUCGGAAGAUUUUGACCAGGCUAAAUGUAAAGAAAAACCAUCUAAGCCAACUGAAAAAACAAAAGAACCGCAGGCCGCCGCCCCGGCUCCGGUGGGAGAGGAUGUGCCUCGCACCUCCUUGUGCAGUGUGCAGUCAGCACCACCCAAGCCCGCAGCCUCGAAGGGCAUGGUGCCUGACGACGCUGUGGAAGCCUUGGCUGGCAGCCUGGGGAAACGGGAGGCGGACCCAGAGGAUGGAAAGCCGGCGGAGGAUAAAGUCAAGGAGAAAGCCAAAGAGGAGGAUCGUGAAAAGCUUGGUGAAAAAGAAGAAACAAUUCCUCCUGACUACAGACUAGAAGAGGCCAAGGACAAAGACGGAAAACCACUCCUGCCGAAAGAGUCCAAGGAAUCGCUCCCACCCUUGAGUGAAGACUUCCUUCUUGAUGCCUUGUCUAAGGACUUCGGUGGACCCCCAGACACUUCACCACUUAAGCCAUUUGACAAUACUAAACUCACAGCUGCCAUCUCCGAACUGGUUUCCCAAACCCCAGCUGCAACCACGCACUCUGCAGGCCCACCCCCUAGCACUCUGAAGGACAAAGAACUCGACGAUGCUCUAGAUCAACUUUCGGACAGUCUAGGGCAGAGGCAGCCUGAUCCAGAUGAGGACAAGCCAAUAAAGGAUAAAGUCAAGGAAAGAGCGAAAGCUGAACAUAGAGACAAGCUGGGAGAAAGAGAUGACACUAUCCCACCUGAAUACAGACACCUCUUGGAUAACGAUGAUAAGGACAAACCAGUGAAGCCACCCACAAGGGAACCAAAGAAACCUGCAGAUGAUCAAGACCCCAGUGAUUCCCUCUCAGGGGAUUUUGACAACUGUUCUUCAAGUACAGAAACCUCAGACAACACAGCAAAGGACAAAGACAAGAAGACUGCUUCCAGCUCCAAAGCACCCAAGAAUGGGGGGAAAGCAAAGAAUUCUGCAAAGGCAAAGGAGGAAACUUCCAAGCCAAAAGCUGAUGAAAAAAAUACAAGUUAAAGUUCACACUAUUUGGUAUCUACAUGUAAAAUCUUCGCUGGUGGUUGGUGACUUCUGAAGAACAAAAGGCUUUGACAACGAAUUUUUCUGGGUGGCUUUUGGACAGUGAUCUUUGUUGAGUUUUUUGACAUCCUAAACGUUGGUUUGUUAUUCUUUUCCCAGAAAGUGAAUUUGCCUGGUUCACCUGUGCUAUUGUACUGAGUAUUGAUAAACUUUGAAUUUUUAAAAAUUGCCUGCAGUUGGGAGAGAAGGAAACUUUAUAUUUCUAAGAGAUAUAUUUGAUAGUUUCUUAAAGCAACACACACACAAAAAAAAUAACAGGAAAAACCUUUGCAAAAUUUUGCACAUUCUACACGCAGUGCCUGUAAAUCUCAUUAGUAUUUUUGGUUUGCACUUAAUUUGUUGUUAUUGUUAGCAUUUGGAAAACAAUGCUGUAAACAUUCGUCAAUGUUCUGAUUUCUCAUUACCCCUUUCCCCUUGGGCUUUUGAACUGUACUUGAUGUUUCUCUGGGUUAAUGUUUAUAAGCCCAUUAAAUAUUGUACAUCGGGCACAUAUCUCCUCUUGGGCUGCUAAUAAUGAAUUGAUAGGUAACCUGGACAGACCAGAAAGCACUGCGCCUCUUUUCAGGUUAAACUCUUUGCCAGAGGUUAGGACUUAUGCACCUUAUAGCCGCGUAAAACAUACUUACUGAGACUUGAAUCAAGUCAGAAGAGCAAGAGAUACAGACUAUAUUUCACUGCAUAGCAAGUUCCAAGAAUAAAAUCUACUCAGAAUAUUCAUAUGGCUUGAACUCUGUUGGUUUACUAUGUUACGCUGUGCUUCCACUCACUCUAUAUAAAACCUGAGUAGCUGUUGUUUGCUUAGUCUGUUGCACUGUAUAGCACCUGGCUUUACAGGAAGUUAGGUUUACCCAAUACAAAACCAAACUUCUGCUUUAAAAAAAGAAAUCUGGAAUUUAAAACUUCGCUCCCUUCCCCCUCACAGAAACUUAAGAACUAGGCUCUGUUGUCCUGCAACUUCGAAUGGUUUCUUAGAUCUUUCUGAAUUGCUCAUGAACAUAGCACUGAGGUCAUUGAUGAGAUUUUGAUAAAUAAUUUUAUCUUUACUUCCCGGUAGUGAAUGCAGGAAAAGAUAUCAGGUACAUAUCAUACACUGAUUUGGAAUUUCUUAUUUCAGAGAGCACAGCCUUCCUUAGCCUUUGUGUGGAGGUUUUAUUUAUUAGGACCUAGCUGACUUCAGUAAAUAUAUCACCACCAAUACUGUCUAUUAAGGGGGGGAGAGACACAAAAACAAUAACACUGCCUAUAAUGGGCGUCAAAUUUUGUUAAUACCCUUAUAAAUUCUUUUUAAAAAUCAUGCAAUACCUAUGGGAUUUCAAGCUUCACCCACUUUAAAUGCUAUGUCUGUCUCAUCAGAGACACGGGGCAUUUUUCUAUUAUUCUACGUCUGGGAAAUAUAAGCCAGUGUUAUGGUGACUGAACAGACCUCUUCAAGGCACUGACAAGAAAAUAAAACACAUGUUUCCUGAGGGAUUUUAA